CAAUAUCAGAAAUUCUUGUUUUGAUCGGCUGCGUAUUUACGUGACUUACGUGAGUGUUUUUUUUUCCCCGAACGAAAAAGUUAAAAGUUUUUCUGAUUGAUACUAAGUGGUGUAAGCUUUAUUGAAGUUAUGGCGUUUUAUUUCAAGCCGCAAGUCACAUUAAAUUGACCACAUCAGUGAAUAUUGUGUGUUUUUAUCUCCAUUUUGCACGACUCUCUCUGUGAUCCCAGUACGGUCUCGAGAUUAUCAACUCGUCAGCAUUUCAUUUGCUUGUAUCAGCGUUAUUAUCAACGUAAAAUGUAGCUGUAAUCAUUUUUUCCUCCUCGCCUUUGUCACGUACCCAAUAUGGCAAGUGUGAAUAUCAUCAACGACACUCAGCUAACCUGGGCUGAGUUCUGCAACAAGCAUGCCAAAACAGCAGCGGCAGAGUUUGUCAAGGCUCUUUGCAACUACAUCAGACCGGAGUUAAAUGCUAAUGAAGUUUCGAGAUUAGCUGUUUCUCACAAAGAAUUUCUGAAAAAGUUUGUCGAUUGUUUUAUGGAGCAUUUUGAAUCAGAGUUCUCCAAGAACAACACUUUCAAAGAGAAGUUAACGAACGGAAGUAUUCUGACUCCAGGAACGUCUCCUGGUACGAAUCGCAUCAAUAAUCAUGAAGAAUUUAGUGACUACUCAGAACGAGAUGCCGAUUCUCCCUCGCCAAAGGCUAGUCAUAAACCGUUUUUCAGAAGGUUGUCCUUUAAAGGUCUGAAGAAAGGGAAAAGCUUAUUUACGAAGCAGAGCUCAGACGAGGUAGAUGGCAUGUCGAGUCACCAUGGUGAGAAACAUUCAAAGCACUCUAAAACCAAACUAGCGAAAAUUGUUGUUGAAUGCCGCAAGGAAGGUAUUGUUAAUUAUUUAAUUGGUGAAAAUCCUGAUGGAACCGAGAAGUGGGAGAAGUGCAGAUUAGCGCUAGUCAAGACAGUUGGUGGAUAUAUGCUCGAAUUUUAUUCGCCGCCAAAGGCAACAAAGCCCAAAAGUGGAGUUUUCUGUUUUCUAAUUUCUGAGGCUCGUGAAACAACAGCCCUGGAAAUGCCAGACCAUGAAAAUACUUUCGUUUUAAAGGAUGAUCACGGUGUGGAGUACGUAAUCGAAGCCCAUGACUCGGAUGACAUGAGAUCUUGGUUGGCAACAGUCAAGUACUGUAUGCGGUCCAGUCCUCCUGCUGACAUCCCAGAAAACAGUCCGCUCUCUGAGGUCUCAGAACGAUUGCGUAUGCCAAGCGGAAUGAUGGUGAACAACAAUUGUAUAAUGAAGCCGUCUGCACCUGGUAUGGAGCCAGUGAAUGGAGAGCAUCCGCCAGAACUUCCUCCGCGAGUUCCUGGGCCUAGUAUUCCUGGACAAAGAUUAUCAUUUAAUAGUAGUUUUGACUUAUGCUCAUCUCGCACAGACAUUGAAAGCAUGGCUGAAGGUGAAUGUGAUUACGCUGUCACGCUGCGUGAAUACCCCUGGUUUCAUGGCACAUUGCCAAGAUCAGACGCUGCCACGCUAGUUUUGCAUGGCGGAGCAGCUGCUCAUGGAGUUUUCCUUGUACGGCAGUCAGAAACUAGGAAAGGAGAAUUUGUUUUGACCUUCAACUUUCAGGGCAGAGCAAAGCACUUACGAAUGACCCUAAACGAUCAGUUUCAAUGCAAGGUGCAGCAUCUGUGGUUCCCAACAAUCUUUGAUAUGCUGGAGCAUUUUCGACAACAUCCUAUUCCGCUUGAGUCUGGUGGCACGGCGGAUGUAACGCUCACAGACUAUGUUGUUCAUCUCCCCUUGGCAGGGUCAUCCAUGUCGCAGUCAGCCUCAACGCACAACAAUGUUGCAUCUGCAGGUGGUGUGCUCAGACCCCACAACCCCUCAACAUCCACGGAGCUCAGCAGAAGACCUCCGCCAACCCCAGAGACUCAAGAGGUAAUAAUCCACAGUGGCCUAAUCAGACAGCGCAUCCAGUCCCUAGAGUUUCUGCAAAAUAUUGCAGCUUACAACUCCAGUAGUUCUGCUGGAUCCCACUCUAAUCCCCAGUCAUCUUCCACUGGUGCUAGAGCAGUAGAAAAUAUGUACAGUUUUGUUUGAUUUGUGUUGAAUUCUCAGUUGUAAAGCUUUGUUCACGCCAGAGGUAAGCGUAUCCAAAGGCUUGACCAAUGCUACAAACUACGGCAGGACUACAUGAAAGCUCAAAAUCCAAAAAAGAAGAAGGGGUAUCAAAAAGGGCCAUUUUUGGGCCCACCGUGAAUCCCCUCAACUCAACAAUUAUUUUCUCAUUGAAGGUAUAUAUUUUUCGGAAUGCAUCAUAAUUUGGUCAUUCAUGGUUUUUUUUGGGUCUAACACAGGUCUUAACAUGGGUCUGAAGGCCGAUUUUGGCGCCAAAUGUGGGUUCGCGGUCAAAUGCUGAAAAUUCCGCAGUUUUCGCCGUAUUCGGCUUUUCUUCAGUUUGGGAGCAUUACUUUAAUAUUAGUUGCUUGAAUGGAGGGCGAUGAGAAUUUCUCUAUUGGAUAAUGGGAUGUACUGUUUGAUAUAAUAAUAGCAGUACCUCCUCUGGCUGUUCCCGAGGGAUGUUCAGUAUGAUAUAUUGAGUAAUGCGGAAAUUUUGCAUAGUGGUGUUCUUCUGUAAAGUGAGUUUCUUUGACUAGCAAAAUAUCCAAGUAGUAUAAUGAUAAGUAUGUUUUGAUGAGAUUUCUAUGUUUGUACGAGUUUAGCCCGUUACAGCUAAUAAGACCAAUGCGUAGGAGUUCAUUCAUGGUUUAGCUAAAAGUAUCUCCAUGAUUGACAUUAAUUUUAGAAGGAUUUCGUCAAUUUGUUUUUGCUGCUUCGUGAGCAUUGAAAAGAGGAACUUAAGAUCUAUGUUUCCAGGGGUGCCAGAAGUGGGUGAUUCUGAUGAUUCAGCAUUAUCAGCGGUAUUGAUUGGUGAUUGGUUUUGGGCGAGGGUGUAUGCUUUCGCAUAUGAUAAGCCAGGGUUUGGGGUUCUUAUGAAGACUGAAGGUUGCUGUUUUAGCGUUAGAGGGAAUGCAUAUGGGUGGUCAGGGGACAUUUGUUGGUUUUUUCGCGUUAGAGAGAAUGCAUAUGGGUGGUCAGGGGGCAUUUGUUGGUUUUUUUGGGUUCCUGUUUGGUUUUGAGUAUAUCUCUUGUUUUGGAGGAUAGCGGCUUUGCAACCCCUGUAGUUGGCUGGAUGGCCUUCCUGUAGGCAGAGGGCAUAUUUGGGUUUGGACUCUUUAGGUUUAGGGCAUUCCCAGCUUGGGUGUCCUUGCGCGCACUUUAUACAUUUAAAUGGGUAAUUACAAUGGUUUUUUUGUAUGUCCAUAAUACUGGCAUCUUCGGCACAGAGGGAGCCAGUUCUUAGAUUUGGGAGGCUCAAUGCUUACUUUCAGGUGGAACAAGCCUACUGUUUCGUAGAUUUGUUUGACGUUAUCGGUUUUCUUUAGAUCUACAAAAACUAUUGGUAUCUCCUUACGGACUCCUGCCAUUCCAUCCGGCUCUCUAUACAGUUUUUGUGCUCUGUGGACCGUAGUUACUAUGUAGCCUUUUGCUUCAAUUUCUUGUUUGAUUUCUUCUUCCGAGUAUCCCACAGGAAUUCCACGUACUGCUACCUUGAACGGUUUUUGGGUUUUUAGCUGGAAGGUAUGAAAUUUAAUGUCCCUUUCUUCUAAGACUUUUUGUACUUUUCUGAAUUCUGGAAUUGUUUCCAGCUGCAACUUUAUUUUUCCCCCUUUCUCGACUGUUAGGGAGAAGUUAGUUAUUGGGGUUGUUUCUUGGAUCCAUUUGUCUAGGUCAGGUGGGUUGUCUACCUCGGAGAAGAAGAUUGGUGGUGGUCGAAGUAGAGUGUCUGGUACUUGGGAGGGGGUAUUCCCGUUUACGUUAUCUUUCAGAGAUAUCAGAUCUGAUUCCUCUUCGUCAUGGUCUGAGAGAGCAGAGAAUCUAUUAUUCAGUGAGGUAUUACCUUGACUAGGAGGCUUAGUAGCCGGCGGUGACUUUGACUUGGGGGGUUGAGGCUGAGUAACUGUAGGAGGUGUUUGUUUUUUAGGCCUGUGUUAGACCCAAAAAUAGACUGCAAAUGACCAAAUCAUGAUGCAUUUUGUAAAAUACAGUCUAUCAAUGAGCAAAGAAUUCUUUAAUUGAGGAUAUUCAGCCAGAGGGGGUCCAAAAACGGCCCUUAUCUAUACCCCUCUUUCGAUUCCAAGGCCAUUCUUUCCUUUCACUGAAUGACUGUUUGUUACCCCUAAGGUAAUAAUGAAUUUCCGAAAUUCUGAUCAUAUGACUUAAUAAUACAUUUUUUUCCAUGUUCCUACUUCACCUUAAAUAAUGAGCCGUUCGUCUGCAAUGCCUAAUCUUUACAUGUUGUAUAUGAAUUGUUCAGAGUCAUAAAAGUUAUCGAUAAUGAAGUGCAAGACGUUUGCAAAAAACAAGGUUGCACCAGCAAUCAAAUUUCACAAAUCUUACCGGUGCCAUUCUGAAGGAAGGCCUUUCAUUUUGAAACUGUGUAUUUGACACAUGGUGCUCGUGAAGUUAGAACAGUGGUUUUCGGAGAAUGGUUUUCCCUCUUGUCAAAAGUUUACUUUUGUCUCAGGAAAAAUGCUCGAUUUGCUCAACUUCUACAAGUUCUUCAAGGACAAAGAAGAAAAAUAAUUAUUUUCUCUGCACCUCUGUGCUUGUCAAGAAAAUUGAAAUUUCUCAGCAUGCGUAAUCAGCCUUCGAAGGUAUUUGGUUUUGUUCUGGUUUAUGGGGAGGUCGUAAGGGUGAAUUCGCCUUCAGAAAAUACACACAAAAAUAAAAAUAAUACAUCAAUGGAAUAUUCAAGUGCCUGGUCGAACUUGGAUUUUGACCAUGAGUAUAGUUAAUGUAGUCAAGUUUUUGGAAGUCAUCAUUUAGCAUUGUUGUCUCCUUUAGAGGGUGGCAACAUAGAACAUUAAUUAACAUGCUGCUUGCCAUGAAGUUUUUGGUGCAUACAUCCUUCUGGCAACCCCCCCCCCCUUCCUCCCUCCAUUAAAAAAAAGAGAGAACAAAAAACAAAAUUUCAGUGGUGCAGUCUUCUGCUGGGGCCAUACCAGUCGUGAGCCAUUAGUUUAUACACGCAUGACCAUACGUGUCCCUGUAUGGCAGGCAACAUGUUAAUAUAAGAAGUUUUUCAAUCAUUUCAACAUGCUCAAAAUUUGUUUAGCAGGUUUAAAGUUUAGUUUUUAUCUUCGUUUUUUGUUAUUUUCCUCAACUGUAAGGAAAAAUGUAUCUUUAGGCUGUUUUGGGUUUUUAAUUUCUUUUUUAUUGUAGGUAAGUUUAAUAAGUUGAUCUUGCUUAGAGAAAGUGCUAUGUUUAUUUGACAACAGCCUGGGAGCUCACCCGCUCAUGGAUGUGAACAAAGCUCCAGUUGAUUUAUUUUGUGAUAUAUUUUGGUUUUAUUAUUGUUGUAAGUACAGUAUUAUAGUUAUUUUACAUUAAAUCAAUACUGAUGCAGUGUAAAUGGAAAAAAUUAUAUUGGAAAAGUUAAGACAA